CAACAAGCAGCAUUCAGUUAAAAAUAAUAUGUAUAUAUGUAUAUAGUAAAGUCUGGUUAUUUAAUCUAGAAUAAGAUUUUAAAUUUUAGAAGCUAAAAAAAUGAGUCAGUCGUGCAAUUCCAACUUUUAAAGAUUUUUAAUUUGAAAAUUUCUGAAUUUAGAACAGUAUAGGAACUUUUGAAGAACUUAUACUAUAUAUAACUAUACUAGUACACGUUGAUUGGUCAUGCAUUUGCUGGCGUCGAUUUACGGUUUUUUAACACUUUCGAACAAUGCUAAGAACAAUUCUCGUGUAAAAUUAAAGUACAAAUUGACAAUUAAAACGCAACUAUUGAUAUAAUAACUUUUAUUAUUGAUUGCAAUUAUUUGUACAUAAAAUUUACUGCACAGUUAUAAAUUAUAUCAAUUAUAAGUUGACUGGAAGUAAACGUUGUAAUGGGAGAAAGUCAUUGGAAAGAUUGGAAACCUUUUGUUUAUGGGGGUUUAGCUUCAAUUGUUGCUGAACUAGGUACUUUUCCCUUAGAUACAACAAAAACUCGACUACAAGUUCAGGGACAAAAGUUAGAUAAAAGAUAUGCUCAUUUAAAGUAUUCUGGUAUGACAGAUGCAUUGUAUCAAAUAUCGCAACAAGAAGGAUUUAAAGCUCUAUAUUCUGGAAUCAGUUCAGCUAUUUUAAGACAAGCCACUUAUGGAACUAUAAAAUUUGGUACCUAUUAUUCCCUAAAAAAGGCAGCUAUGGAUAAAUGGGAAACAGAUGAUUUAGUUGUUAUAAAUAUUGUAUGUGCUGCAUUAGCAGGAGCUAUUUCAAGUGCAAUAGCUAACCCCACAGAUGUGGUAAAAGUUCGCAUGCAAGUAACUGGUAUUAAUUCAAAUUUAUCGCUAUUCGGUUGUUUUCAAGAUGUAUAUCAACACGAAGGUAUUCGUGGAUUGUGGAGGGGUGUUGGACCUACAGCUCAAAGAGCAGCAAUUAUUGCAGCUGUAGAAUUACCUAUAUAUGAUUAUAGUAAAAAGAAACUUACCACUAUUUUGGGGGAUAGUGUUAGUAAUCAUUUUGUGUCCAGCUUUAUAGCUAGUAUGGGAAGCGCAAUAGCUUCUACCCCUAUAGAUGUUGUUCGUACUCGUUUAAUGAAUCAAAGAAGGAUACAUACCACAAGCGGUAUGCUACAACCUCAUAUUUAUAGCGGAAGUAUAGACUGUUUUGUUCAGACUUUUAGAAAUGAAGGAUUUUUAGCACUGUAUAAAGGUUUUGUACCUACUUGGUUUCGAAUGGGACCAUGGAAUAUUAUAUUUUUCAUAACAUACGAACAAUUAAAAAAAUUGAAUCAUUCACAGUUUUCAUUAAAUAAAAUAUUGGAACGCUCAAAUGAAUAAUAGUAAAUAGUUAAAAGUAGGCAAACUAAAGAAUUAUAUACGCGUGUAGAUAUGAUAAAACAGUGGUAUAAGUAACAGAAAAUAACUUAAGUUCGUAUCGUAUAAUUUAUUUUUAUGAAGAUGGAAGUAAGUUUAUUUAGACAUAUAUUGAAAGGAACUAUCUAAAAAAAUAGAAUAAAUAGAAUUUAUUUUUCCAUAAUGAUUAAAUUAUAAUCAUUAAUGAAAAUAUAUUCACGGUAAAAAAUAAUGUGAUGUGCUUUACAAAAAAGGUGUUAUAACUUUUCCAUUUGUUGAAAGUCAGAAAGAUUACUAGUCAACAUACAAUUCCUAAUAAAUAAUAAUUAUAAUAUAUAUUUAAUUUGCAUUUUAUAUAUACGCUUCUAUGACACUUUUGAUUUGAUAAAUAUACUUUUAUGUUAUUUGUGUGUAUAUUUACUUUCGUACGAGAAAAACAAGACUGAACAUUAAAACAUAUGAAAUACGUCUAAAAACUCUGCUCAAUGUAGGACGAGCAUUCUAUAAAAUAAAAGUCAUUUUAAAGAAGGCAACAGUAUUUUAAACGUAAUAUGUUUAUAUUUAUGAUCUUCUAUAAAUUGUUAGAAAUGUAUACUCAUACAACAUAAAAUAUAUUAAAAUAUUAUAAACUUUGCAACAUA